AUCUCGUGUUUUACUUGUGGUCAUUCAAAUCAUCAUAUCGGCCUGGCCCAUGGCUUGGUAAGGACACUGGACAGAACUCACAGAAGCUGCGUCACCCAACCCUUCGAUUUAGAAAGAGAGUCACGUCUCUUUCACACUUUCACACUUUCACACUUUCACAGGUAGAGAAACACAGAAAGCUCAAAGCUUUGAGAGAGCACCUGAUCGGAAAAACAGAACCGGCUGAGCUCAACUCAACUGAACCGAUGAAUUGGAGAAGUAGUUGGCUUAGCCUCACUAAGGUUUACAAAGCUGCGGCAGCAGAUUCCAAAUGUGGCUCUUCCUUGCGGUCAGGGCUAGCUUUGUCUCGGAAAUUUGGAGACAAGGCCAAGGCUGAUACUGGGUUUGACCUGAAUAGGGACUUCCUUGUACAGCUAUGGAUGGCGGAUAAGGAAAUGGAGCAGUUUCGGAGAAAAUCGAGACGGAGGGCUGUUGAGCAGGAUGAGAAUAGCGUGGUUGGGAAGCAACCACCUGUGAGCCAAUCCAUCUCGGGAUAUCUGAAGCCGGAAUCUCCAGAAGAGGUCCAGGUGAUGCCUCUUCUUGCUAGAUCAAAUAUGCUCGUUACUAGGGAUAUAGAGUGGGCAAAUCUUGUGCUUGGGUUUGAGCAGGAAAAUCGGUAUGCCAUAGUAGAUGUAUGCUAUCCACAGUCGCCUGUAGGUUUCAUUCGUGAGGAGAGUCAUGUUAUCAUGAGACAGUUACUUCGCCAGCGGCGUCCUUUUGUUGCUCGAGUAACUGAUGGCAUGGGAAAUGAGCUCUUUAGGGUUCGCAGGCCUUUUUGGUGGAUAAACAGCUCAAUUUAUGCAGAGAUCAAUGGUAAGGAAGUUGGUGUGGUUCACAGACGAUGGCAUUUGUGGAGAAGGAUUUAUGAUUUGUACCUAGGGAAUAAACAAUUUGCAGUUGUUGAAAAUCCUGGAUUCUGGCAUUGGACAUUUACUUUGAAGGACAUUGAUGGGGGUGUGUUGGCCGAGAUAGAUCGUGAUUGGAGGGGUUUUGGCUUUGAGCUGUUUACUGAUGCUGGGCAAUAUGUGAUUCGGUUUGGGAGCUCUGAUCCCAGCUCCAAGAUAGGCCUUGCUAGCCAGAUUGAGGAGUUGGAAGUAGUUCGCCCAUUGACUCUGUCAGAGAGAGCUGUAACUCUUGCUCUUGCUAUAUCGUUGGAUAACGACUAUUUUUCAAGACAUGGUGGAUGGGGAAUACCUUAUUUUGAUGUAGGUGAAUAGAUCUUGCUGGCCGUGUGGUGUGCAGACGACAAAACCAAGUAAUUAUGUGGUCAGUUGUAUUAUGUGAGGGUUCGAAACAAUGCUCGCCUGCUUUGCAAUGCUCCUUUAGAGGUGCUCUAGCGGACAUUGUGCAGAGAGACGAUGGCCAAAACAUGAAAGAAUAGAGUUUUCAAUUACAGAUGUAAUCCUUGAUGGGGCAACUUCAUAAUAACUUGAAAUUUAAACAUCAUGGUCCUCGACUUUUACAUGACUCAA